CCCCGGAGUCAUAUGACACUUUUCAGAGAAGAAAAUCGCAUCUCUCAGCAAAGUCGCGUUCGACGUCGUCGUCUGGAAGUUCAGUUUCGUCUCCAAAAAGGAAAAUCUUCCCAGGAAAACCUCCGCGUUUGAAAACGAGUGACAACAGCAGGAUAAGCCAGAAAGAAAACCGUAAGGAUGCCGGGUUUUAUGUUCAACAUCGACGGUGGCUACCUGGAGGGUCUUUGCCGUGGCUUCAAGUGCGGAAUUCUCAAGCAGGCGGAUUACCUCAAUUUGGUCCAGUGCGAAACUCUCGAAGAUUUGAAGCUUCACCUGCAGGGAACCGACUAUGGUCAGUUCCUGGCCAACGAGCCGUCCCCGCUGGCGGUUUCCGUGAUCGAUGAUAAGCUGCGCGAAAAGCUCGUGAUCGAAUUCCAGCACAUGCGCAACCACGCCGUCGAACCGCUGUCCACGUUCCUGGACUUCAUCACCUACAGCUACAUGAUCGACAACAUCAUCCUGCUGAUCACUGGCACCCUUCACCAGCGCCCGAUUUCGGAGCUGAUCCCGAAGUGUCACCCGCUGGGCAGCUUCGAACAGAUGGAAGCCAUCCACGUGGCGGCCACCCCGGCCGAGCUGUACAACGCCGUGCUGGUUGACACGCCGCUGGCUCCCUUCUUCGUCGACUGCAUCUCCGAGCAGGAUCUGGAUGAGAUGAACAUCGAGAUCAUCCGUAACACGCUGUACAAGGCGUACCUGGAGGCGUUCUACGAGUUCUGCAAGAAUAUCGGUGGCACCACCGCCGACGUGAUGUGCGAGAUUUUGGCGUUCGAAGCCGAUCGGCGCGCCAUCAUCAUCACCAUCAACUCCUUCGGCACCGAGCUGUCGAAGGACGAUCGUGCCAAGUUGUACCCUCGCUGUGGACGCAUGAAUCCGGACGGUUUGGCCGCGCUGGCCCGCGCCGACGACUACGAACAGGUGAAGGCCGUGGCCGAGUACUACGCCGAGUAUGCCGCCCUGUUCGACGGAUCGGGAAACAAUCCCGGCGACAAAACGCUGGAGGAUAAGUUCUACGAGCACGAGGUGAAGCUGAACGUGUACGCCUUUAUGCAGCAGUUCCACUUUGGUGUGUUCUACUCGUAUCUGAAGCUGAAGGAACAGGAGUGCCGCAACAUUGUUUGGAUCGCGGAGUGCGUAGCUCAGAAGCACCGCGCCAAGAUCGACAACUAUAUUCCAAUUUUCUAAAUUGGAACGUUUUAGUCUUAAGCAUUCAUUUACCAGCAAGGAUAAAAGUUUGAACACACAUUCCUCCAUCUGCGCUUGUAGGAACAUCCGCCGGAAAAGAAGUUGAGAAUGAAAAUGUUCUCCAGAAAAGUAUUGUUUCCCUUCUCAUUUGCCUUUGUAAAUUACUUUUAACUGUAAUGCCACCAUCACGAGGGCUAACUGUGCUAAUAAUGUGAAUCAAACGUUUCGCCUCGUUUGUUCUUUUUGCCGUGAAAGAACAAAGCCGUUUCUGUUAUUUUUGUUUUAUAUGCAUUUGCUUUUGAACGAAAUUUAUUUUAUUUGUACAAUUUCAUUCGCCUGUUAUGACUCUGUACAAUAUAUGUCGAUAAGAAAAUAAAAUGAUUAUGUAUUAUAUAAAUAUAUAGAUGGAUCAACUACCCUACAUCGAUAAAUCUACAUACUUACAUGUAAAAUGGUGAAAUAUAUGACGUUUAGAUGCCCUGGAAA